CGGCACUAACCACAUCAACAAAAAAAAACUCUGCGGACGAAAGGGAAUGGUCAUGGCACGAUCCUGCUGAGACAAUGAGAAACCUGACGCAUAAUGGCGUCGGACCGUUCACCAAGCAGCUGAAGCUUCUCUAUCGUGGCUCUUUGGAAGUUGAGUUGUCCUACGCAGAACUACUGGCACCACCAAAUGCAGUGGUGACCACAACCACGCAACAAGUGGAAGCCGCGCAAGCGGUGACACAUCAAGGGGAGGAAGCUCAAGAAACGCAAACGGUGUCUUUUCUUCAACAACGACAGAAACAACUAUGGUG